AAAAAAACACGUACAAAUGGAUACCCGUGGAAGAUUACAGAGGAAAGUCCCGAGUCAAAACGAGGACGUGACUGCUCCUCCUCGCAGAGGUUCGGACGCGUUUCCUCUCCCGUUACGCCUAACCAACUUUUUUUUCCUCUUCCUCUUCGCUGGCACCGCCUACUACCUUCUCAUCCGGUGGGGCGAUAAAAACACUACAUCGACGCCUCUCCACGUGGUUAACCUAUCCGAGAUCCUCUCACUCAUCGGAGUCAUCGCAUCGUGCAUCUACCUCCUCGGUUUUCUCGGCGUCGACUUCGUUCAAUCCGUCUUCCUCCGAUCUUCCUCCUCCGACGAUGUUUGGGACAUCAACGAGAUCGAUGAUCACCUAGAUUCUUCCAUCGAUCUUACUUCCGAGGAAGAUGAAGAGAUCGUCAAGUCGGUGAUCGACGGGUCCAUCUCGUCUUACUCACUCGAGACGAGACUCGGAGACUGCAAGCGAGCCGCGGCGGUUAGACGAGAAGCGGUACAGAGGAUAACCGGUAAAUCCUUAACCGGACUUCCGUUGGAAGGUUUCGAUUACAAUUCCAUCUUGGGACAGUGCUGCGAGAUGCCGGUUGGGUAUGUUCAAAUUCCGGUUGGGAUCGCCGGACCUUUGUUGCUCGACGGGAGAGAGUACUCGCUGCCAAUGGCCACUACAGAAGGUUGUUUGGUUGCUAGCACCAAUAGAGGCUGCAAAGCUAUUCACUUAUCUGGUGGCGCUUUCAGUGUUCUCAUCAAGGAUGCAAUGACUAGAGCUCCAGUACUCAAGUUCCCUUCUGUCAGAAGAGCUUCUCUUGCCAUGUUCUAUCUUCAGAAUCCUGCUAGUUUCAAGAGAUUGUCUCUUAUUUUCAACAAGUCGAGUAGAUUUGCUCGGCUUCAGAGUAUCACAUGCUCUAUUUCUGGAAGGAAUCUCUAUCCCAGGUUUGCUUGUGGCACUGGUGAUGCUAUGGGGAUGAACAUGGUCUCCAAAGGUGUUCAGAAUGUCUUGGAGUUCGUGAAGACUGAGUUCCCUGACAUGGUUGUUAUUGGCAUCUCAGGGAAUUGCUGUUCGGACAAGAAAGCUUCGGCUAUAAACUGGAUACAAGGACGUGGGAAGCAUGUUGUGUGUGAAGCCCUUAUUAAAGGUGAGGUUGUCAGGAAUGUGUUGAAGACUAGCGUAGAGGAUCUUGUAGAGCUUCACGUGCUCAAGAACCUUACUGGUUCAGCCAUGGCUGGUUCUCUUGGUGGAUUCAAUGCUCAUGCAAGCAACAUAGUCAGCGCUGUCUUCAUCGCCACUGGCCAAGACCCUGCUCAAAACGUGGAGAGCUCACACUGCAUCACCCAGUUUGAAGCUGAGGGAGACGACCUUCAUAUCUCCGUCUCUAUGCCUUGCAUUGAGGUUGGUACUGUUGGAGGUGGGACACAGCUUGCAUCACAGUCAGCUUGUUUGAACCUGCUCGGUGUAAAAGGAUCAAGCGACGAGGAGGAAGCUGGCUCGAACGCAAGGCAACUGGCGAGAAUUGUGGCUGGUUCGGUUCUUGCGGGAGAGCUGUCACUAAUGUCUGCUAUUUCUUCUGGACAGCUUGUGAAGAGUCACAUGAAGUACAACAGAUCCAACAGAGACAUUGGCCCUUCGUCUCAAGUGAAAAGAUGAUGUCGGAGCAGGAAACAGAUAAUAAAAGAAAUUAGUGAAAAAAAAAUUUGAUGUAAUAACCUUCAUUUGUUUGUUCUGCAUUGAUUGAUCCCGUUUCUAGCUAUGUAUGUACUCCAAACUACCUUGAUUUUAUUAUGUAAAGACAAUUCAGUACUUUCAUGGUUCUUAGAUCAGAAGUCUUUGAUAAACUGACCGUUGGAUUAUCUUAAGC